GAUAUUUUUUCUCUGUGGUACAAAAAGAAUUCGUGUUGCAAACGUCAUUGUCAAUUUUAUUUAUUAAACAAUAAUGUAGCUUUUAAAUUUCAAACGAUAUAAUAGUUCAGUAAACAUUGACUACACAUAAAUGAACAAUGGUUUAGUUACUUAAUGAAUAAUUUAAAUAGCAAGUAACGCCUGCAAUAAAAUAAUAGCAAUGUUUGCUAUCCGUAGACUCGUCAGGUCCCACAAAAAUUUCCAGCGUUGUAUCAGGCGUUACUAUGCUGCAACAAGUUCAGACAAGGGAUCGAAUAACGGAAAUAAGGAAAAAGAAUCGAAACCAUCGAAUCCAGCCUCCUUUUCUUGGUAUGAUACGAGAAAAUACAGCCACUGUCUACCCGGCAAUGAAGUGAAACCUCCCUUCGAUAUCCCUAGAAUGCCGAGUGGCGUUUUCCGCUGUACAGAUGGCGAGGUAAUCGGGCCGCAAGCUGGUAAGUGCGCUUAUUACCGCAAUCCAGAGUACUAUUCUUUCCAUCAUAUGUCAUUCUUCGACAUGCAUAUGAUUAUGGGUUCAUAUAGAAAACCUCAGAUUUGUACAGGUCGAAAACCAACAAUCAUUUGAAACUAUUUGAAUUAAAAAUAUUUUCGAUACAAUAUUACGUCUUAACUAUAAUUUUUCAUUGGUGGCAUAAAAUAUAGCAUUUUGAUUGUGUAACUAAAAUGUAACAAAAGUGUAAUCUAGUUCUAAGCAUUAUUUUAUUAUAUUUAUUAUCUACAACAAACAACUCAAUAAAAUUCUCAACCAAA